UUUUAGCCAAACCAGCCGCAAGAUUAGGAUCCGUAACUUCCUAAUGAGCGUUUGGUUGGCCCUAUUUCUCUCAGCCGUUUUAUUUUGCCAGUUUGUUUCAUUCACGCGAGCUCCACAAAAUCUUACGGAGGUCCGUGUGAUACACCCGUUUUGAGCGAGCACAGCGAAACCGAGCCUUAAAAAUCCAGCCCCAGCAAAAUAAUCUGAUAAACCGGAUUAAGGAUGGCAUGACACUCCAAUCCUACACUUCCUAAGUCUGUUUUUAGAUACCUAUGUAUCAACAUAGGCGAUUUACACAAAAAUAACCCUUUUUUGAAACUAUAGCACAAAGUGACCCUCCGGCGAAGCUAUUUCACCCAUCUAACCCUUUUGUGUGGCGCCCGUGCCUGCGGCGCCACUCUCGUAGCCGACGUGGCGCCCUCGACGCUGAGCUGUGCGCCGAUCCGAUGUGGCAGGGUGUGUGGCGCCGCUCCCAUCGGCGCCACACUGUGAAAAUGUGGCGCCGCUCGGAAGGGCGCCACACAUCCACUUAAGUGUGGCGCCCGCGCCCGCCCCAGCCCGAGCUCUCCUCUUCUUCUCCUCUUCCCUUGUCUCUGUCUUUGAAGAACCGCCACCGCCGCCCGCCUCACCUCCGUCCCCCCCACCAAAUCCACCAAGGAUUUUUCUGAUCUGGCCGGCCAACUCCUUCCUCAUCUAUUCCUCAAGGUAUUCCCCUUCGAUUCCCUCCGAUUCAUCCACUAGUGUUGGUGGAUUUGGAUAUGAACCCUAGACAUGGAAAUUUAUGUUGGUGGAUUUGGAUAUGAACAUAGAUAUGGAAAUUAAUGUUGGUGGAAUCUACAUUGUAGUUUAUGUGUUUGAACCAAAGAUUUGUUGGAACCCUAGAUAUGAAUGUAUGUGUGUAUGUAUGGAACCUUAUGUAUGUAUGUGGUGAAAGGCAAAAUUGGAGCUUAGCAAAUGCAUUCUAUUGUCUUACAUAUGUCUAUUAUGUUCCUAGGAAUGAUAUGUCUUACGAAAUUCAUAUGUGUGAUGUAUUUGGAUAUGAAUUCUCAUGUAUGUGUGAUGUAUAGGUGAUUCGAAAGUUAGAUAUAUUCUCAUGUAUGUGUUGCUCAUUUUUGUUAGUGGAAUGACUCAUAAUAUGGUUGUGUAAACAUGUAGGAUGGUGUGGCUCCUAGAUCAAGAGUAUGACAGGGAUCACCGGGCUUUUCAUAUGACGGAGAGGACAACGGAUCUUCACCCUUUGAAGAUUCGGUACCAUGGCACGGUAGAUAUGCCGUAUGACGAGAGGUACACGGAGUUCAUCCAGCCCACCGGUCUUCUCCCUUUCAUCGCGCUUGUAAGCUGGGGGGGCCGAACAUGAACGCCGCGGCACUCACCGCCCUUGUCGACCGGUGGAGGCCGGAGACGCACACCUUCCACUUGAGGGCCGGCGAGAUGACCCCUACUCUUCAGGAUGUCUCAAUGAUACUUGGACUUCCUAUUGAGGGCGAGCCACUGUGUAUGAACACAGCUUCUGAUGGGUGGCGCAGACAGAUGGAGGACCUUAUUGGCAUGGCUCCUCCGGCGCCAAAAAAUCCAAAGGAGAGAGCUCCCGCCGGCGCACCUUUCGCUUGGAUAAGGACUAACUUUGGACAACCUCCGCCGGAAGACGCCAACGAGGACACUAUCAAGACAUACACCCGAGUGUACUUCUGGUACAUGAUCUCGAGGACUCUCUUUGCUGACAGUGGUGGGAAGUUGGCCCAUUGGUGUUGGCUCAAGGCGCUUACGGUGUUGGAGCGCCGGUGGAGUUGGGGAACAGCGGCACUUGCCUACCUCUACCGACAGUUGGACGACGCUUGUCGCAGGACUGGGAGCGGCGGUAUUGGUGGAUGCUUGCUCCUACUUUCCGUAUGGAGCUGGGACCGCCUAUCAGUUGGGCGGCCCAGGGUACUCACAGAGAGACGAUGGCCUCAUUACCGGAACAACCUUGAUCGGGAGCCGAAUUGGGCAUUUCUUUGGGACAAUGUCUCGGAGAUGACGAGCGAUCCAAAGAUCAUGUACAGGCAGUACACUGAGGAGUUGGACACUCUUACCGCUGAGCAGGUUGAAUGGGAGCCAUAUGGUACCUACUACCAUAUUGGCGCGGGGAUGGCUGACCUCAACCCCAAGUGCCUUGAGGAGGCGCGUUUCUGGCGUAUGCGCUGCCCACUCAUAUGCAUGUGGCUUGUUGAGUACCACCAGCCGCACAGAGUGAUGAGGCAGUUUGGGCUGUAUCAGGAGUGCCCACCUCAGUUGCAAGACACGGACCAGACGCUUCAUAGGCUUGAUAGGAAGCGGUAGAGGAAGAUCACAAAUUGGCCUGACCAUCAUAGAGGCCACGUCACAGCGUUCCAACACUGUUUGGAAGCGGUACAGAAUGUUGGCCAUGUGGAGAUUGUCCCCCACAACUUGGCCGCUUUCAACAACUAUCUCCAAUGGUUUCAUGAAAGCACGCGUAUCGAGCUAGUGAAACCCGCGUAUGAUGACGACAUCUUGUACGACCCCAUCGAGUUCGAUGAGGUUGCGCAAAGCCAGCACGACACCUUUGCUCGCAGAGGAAGAUCGACUUCUAUUGCUUCCGAGCUGAACUUCGUGCGGUCCGAGAUCCAAAAAACAGCUGACGAGUGCGAGAUUGUUUGGGAUCAGAGCCAUACAGAUGACAAGCCUAUCGGACCGAUGCGGCAUUUCAUUAAGAACACUGCACGAAAGAUGCGGCGGUUAGCCAACUUGCUAGGUUGCCGCGACACCGAAAUUGCGGCUACAUCCUCUUCUGAAGAUGCGGAUGUUUGGACUAAUUUGUUACCGCUCGAACAUGUGCUUAGUAAUUUCAACUAUUCUAAUCUCAUGUGUUUGUGAAGAUUCCUGACGACGACACCAUCCUGAGUCAAGGCAUUGCGAGUCAACGCAAGAAGCAAGCCACACGGUCUGCUUACCAGUUGAAGCCAAGGGGCAACGCUCCAAAACGAUACACUCCGGACGAUUAUGUCAACCGAGGAAAGAAGGUUGUCAUUGAGGAGGAUGAGAAGCCGCAGCGGAGAUCAACUUUGAGGAAGAUGAGGAACGACGAGCCGUUAUCUUCAGAGGAGGAGGAGCAGCAGGAGCAGGAGCAACAGCCACGACAGCGGACGAAAAGGUUGGCCGUCCGGAAGCAGCCCGCGAGGAGGGGACGUCGCGGAGGAUAGAUGCAUUUGCUAGUGUUGUGAACUCUAUCUUCUUAAGUAUCGUGUUGUGAACCCUAUGUCAUUUCGAACCAUGUCUCUAUUGCUACGUGUUGUUUGAAUCUAUGUGCUAAGAUGUGA